AUGUCCUCCGCCACCACCUUCUUCGACUUUAAGCCCAAAGACAAAAAGGGCAACGAGUACCCGCUCACCCCCCUCAAGGGCAAAGUCGUCCUCGUCGUCAACACAGCCUCAAAAUGCGGCUUCACGCCCCAGUUUGAAGGCCUCGAGAAGCUCUACAAGGAACUUCACGCGGCGCACCCCGACUUCCAAAUCCUCGGCUUCCCGUGCAACCAGUUCGGCGGGCAGGACCCGGGCUCCAACGACGAGAUCCAGAACUUUUGCCAGGUCAACUACGGCGUGACGUUCCCCGUGCUCGGUAAAGUCGAUGUCAACGGCGACAAGGCGGAUCCCGUGUUUGAGUGGCUCAAGAGCGAGAAGCCUGGACUCAUGGGGCUGAAGAGGGUGAAGUGGAACUUUGAGAAGUUUCUCAUUGGCAGGGACGGAAAGGUUAUUGGCAGGUGGGCGUCGACGACGAAGCCUGAGGCGCUGAAGGCAGAUAUUGAGAAGGCGCUUAAGGCGUCGAACUACCCUCCGCACCACACCACACCUCUGCACACUCCCGCCAUGCCCACAGCAGGCCCUCUCGCACCGCCCGCUCUCGCCGCCAAAAUCCCCAAACUCACACCCCGGAAGCGCGCCUCGGACCGCGCGCCGCCCUCCACCCCUCCCCCACCAACACCCGCUCUCCCGGCGCCGCCGCCAGACCUCGCCUCCCACAGCUACACCCCACCGACACGACGCAUUCUCAGCCCCGCUGACCACGCACUGUUCCUCGCCAGCCCGACAUGCGACCUCGUCACAGGCUUCAUCUUCGGCGUCUCAGACAGCGUGCGCGGCAGGCCGAUUAGCAGCCUCAGCGCAGCCGACACGUCGCCCGUGGUCGACAGUAUCGUGCACAUCUUAGACUCAGCAGAGGAAAUACUGGAGAAGAAUCCACCCGAAGACACAGGCAGCCGCUUCGGCAAUCCCGUCUUCCGCACCUUCCUCGACGGCGUCUCCGCCGCGCUGCCGUCCUGGCACGCUUCCCUCGGUCUCCACGAUGAAGCGCAGGUCGCCGAAAUCUCAGUCUACCUGCAUAACGCCUUCGGCAACAAGCGGCGGAUAGACUACGGCUCCGGCCACGAGCUUAACUUCUUCCUGUGGCUGCUGUGUCUGAACCGGCUUGCCCUGUUGCCCCGCCAGACCUUCCCCGCGCUCGCGCUCCGCAUACUGCCCCGUUACCUGGACCUGAUGCGGAGGAUACAGGGCGCAUAUUACCUAGAGCCGGCGGGGAGCCACGGCGUCUGGGGCCUGGAUGAUUACCAGUUCCUGCCGUUCCUGUUCGGUGCUGCGCAGCUGCUGCACCACCCCUACAUCACGCCCAAGGCGAUUCACAAUGCGCUUGUGCUGGAGGAGGAGCGCAGAGAGUGGCUGUACUUGGAUCAGGUGGCGUACGUGAACAGCGUGAAGAACGUGGAUGGGUUGAGGUGGCAUAGUCCGAUGCUGGAUGACAUUUCCUCGGCGCGGGACUGGGGCAAGAUCGAGGGCGGGAUGAGGAAGAUGUUUGUCAAGGAGAUUCUGAGCAAACUACCCGUCAUGCAGCACUUCCUCUUCGGGUCGCUGAUCCCAGCGGAAGAGGGCAUGUCUCACGAGGAGGACUUUGGUCUCGCGGACGAAGAGGACGAGGACGAGGGCGGCGAACUAAGGGUGUUCAGCGACGAGGAUGGGAAGAGACAUGUGCAUGCGAGCAAAGGCUGGGGCGACUGCUGCGGGAUCCGCGUCCCCGCGGCCGUUGGCGCAGAAGGCGAAGAGCGAAAAGGCGGCGUGCAGCGCCUCCGUCGUGUGCCGUUUGACUAG